CAACAUUUCACAUCCCCCGUAUCAAACCAUCCAUUCCAAAGUAAUCAAUCACCAAAACAAAUGUGAUUCCAUGGAUAGCAAACUUCUCUUAAGACACAGACUCGAUGGCGGAUGAGGAUCUCCUGCACCGGAUUCACGCCCUGGAGGAUUUGGAUCUAGCAGCACUCCUAUGUCUCGUCAGCCGCGAGCAUUGCAUCGUCAGCACCGAACCCGCUGAACUCGACACAUUAAUCGAAGAACUACGCCUCGUCGCCUCACAGACAUUUAACCUCUCCUCCACCGUCGUAGAUUGCACAUCACGCACCACCCUCGACGACCUCGCCAUAUCCAUCCAACUCCCUCCUCCAACCCCAACCCCAAACCCUCCACUACAACUCCAAACACCCGCUCGACGCACAUCAUCCGUAUCCCCCCUACGGCGGCGUGGCACCGAGUCCUCCUACUUCCACGGCCACAGCAAUAGCAACGCAGCCCAGACACCCACCCACACCCACCAUACCCCCCAAAUCGCCAACAUAAUCCUAGCCAAAAACCUCGACCGCGCGCCCCGAGACGUACAAAUCCAAUCUCUCGAACUAAUCCGCACACGGCGCAUCCUAACCCGAACCAGCGUACAAACGGCACCUAAGCAAUUCCUCUUCAUCGCCGUACUCGAGCCCGCGGGUGCCAGUCGAUUAGUCACGCAUCUCAACGAUUUAUUCUACGUCUCGCACUGGCAUGACCCGGAGGAUGGAUUCGCGCAUUUAGAAGACGGAGGUUUGGAUUUGUAUGAAGAUGGGGAUGAUGGGAAGGGAGGUGAAACAGCAAGUCUAGACAGCGCGUCAAGUGUAGUUCGCCGAAGCACGGUAGACUCGAUUACUGCGACGCCGAAACCGAAACCGGGUCGCAGUCGUAGUGCGAGUAAUAUCAAAGGAGGGAAUUAUAAGACUAGGGAUGAUAGGUCGAUACUUAGCUCCCGCUCACGUAUAUCCGCGUUCCCGCGGAUUACUGAAUCUGAUAUCGCGACAUUGGCUCUACUAGCCCGACAGACGAGUGUGGAUGUUGAGGUAUUGAGAUACCAGAUGAAUAUCGUAUCAUUCUUGCGCAUGCACCGCGCCGCUGCUCCAGGAGGAGGCGGUGCUACACCAUUAGCCACACAGCAUUUCGGUCAGCUCUCGAAAUGCCUCGCAGCACUACACGGCUUAGACUACGUGACACCCGCACUGGUCGGACUCGCUGCUAGGAAAGUGUACGCCCAUCGAUUCCGAGUCGUAGAAGAUCCGAUACAUGAGAGGAGCAUGCAAUGGGGCAGCGACCUUGCAGCUGUGGAAGCACUACUGGAGGGGGUCGGAGCAGAGGAUGUGAUAGAAGAUGUAUUAAGCAUGGUAGAGGCGCCAUUAUAAGGAAUUAUGAUACCCAAAUCGAAGGAACACGGAUUGCAUAUUAUAGGUUACGGAUAGUAAUAGAAAUAAACCAAGCUCUAGCAAUGGGAGCAUUUGCAUCACAAUUACGUUUUAUUAUUUCAUUCGUAACUUCUGUACAAUUCAGAUCUACGUAUGCCCAUGUAAAGGCAAUACCAAGCUGAAUUCAAGGUUCGUACAAUGCGUACUUUUACAACAUUUCCAAUUCCGAAAAACGCCAGCCUCUUUGGGCUU